UUCAUCUAAAUGUCCAUUCCCACGACAAUUGUCAAUUUCUUAAAAAGGGAAAUUAUAGCAAGAUCGUCUCAGGCGGGCAUUCUCCCUUUCCCUCUCAUCCUCCACGCAAAAUUCAACCCCAUAAACAACACCAAUCCCAAUUCCCAGAGAGAAGAAAAGCCAAAAGAAGAAAAGCCUUCCUCUUUGGCUCGUAUCGUUUUCCCGGUUAAUAUAGCUCAAUCACACCAGGAGGUGGGGUUAAUAUUAAUCGAGUAGAUGACGACGAGUCAAUUAGGAGGUUCCUCUUCGAGGAGAAGCAUGUCAUUGACGACCUCAACGUCUCUGGGCAGGAAGAAAGCCGCCUCGCGCGGCGGAGACGUUCUCGAUUCCCCCUCUAGCCGCAGAUCUCUAACGGCUUCCCGUUCCAUUUCCGCUCACAUUUACGGCAGGGGACUGACAGGAGAACGGACAGUGAAGAGAUUGCGGCUAUCAAGAGCCUUGACGGUACCUGAAACUACCAGUAUCAAAGAAGCAUGCCGUAGGAUGGCUUCGCGUAGAGUUGAUGCUCUAUUGUUGACUGAUGCAAAUGCAUUACUAUGUGGGAUCCUUACGGAUAAGGAUAUAGCUACAAGAGUAAUUGCUCGUGAAGUUAAUCUCGAUGAAACACAUGUUUCCAAAGUUAUGACAAGGAACCCAGUGUUUGUGCUUUCUGAUACUCUUGCUGUUGAAGCCUUGCAAAAGAUGGUCCAGGGAAAAUUUAGACAUUUACCUGUUGUCGAAAAUGGAGAGGUGAUUGCACUCCUUGACAUAACGAAAUGUUUGUAUGAUGCGAUCGCUCGUAUGGAGAGGGUAGCUGAGAAAGGAAAGGCCAUUGCAGCUGCUGUUGAAGGUGUCGAGAAACAAUGGGGUACAUCAGUGUCUGGUCCUAACACAUUCAUUGAGACACUUCGAGAGCGGAUGUUUAGACCCUCCUUGUCUACAAUAAUUUCUGAGAAUUCAAAGGUUGUUACAAUUGAUCCAAGUGAGACAGUGCUAGCUGCUGCAAAAAAGAUUCUUGAGUUUCGAACAAGCUCUGCAGUUGUAAUAGUAGAAAACAAACCUCGGGGAAUACUGACUUCAAAAGAUAUGCUGAUGAGAGUCAUAGCUCAAGAUCUUCCUCCUGAGUCCACUCUAGUGGAGAAGGUGAUGACUCCAAAUCCAGAAUGUGCAACCAUUGAUUCACCUAUAGUUGAUGCUCUUCAUAUUAUGCAUGAUGGGAAAUUUUUACACCUUCCAGUGGUUGAUAGAGAUGGACAGGUUAUAACUGUUGUUGAUGUGCUUAAUAUAACUCAUGCUGCUGUAGCCACAGUUGGUAGUACUGCUGGAGUUAGUAGUGAAGCUGCAAAUAUGAUGAUGCAGAACUUCUGGGACUCUGCAAUGGCAUUAACUACAGAUUAUGAGGACGAGACCCGGAGUGAGAAUUCCUUGAAAGUGCCUUCUGAUGGAGGAGAGACAGGUCGAUCUGUCCCGCAACCUUCUUCCAUCGCAUCCGAUACUUUUUCUUUCAAGAUUCAAGACGGGAAAGGAAGAAUGCAUAGGUUCAUAUGUGAGACACAGAACGUGACGGACCUCGUAACAGCCAUCCUUCAGAGAGUAGGGGCUGACAUUGAUCGUAACAACCUUCCACAAAUUAUGUAUGAAGAUGAAGAACAUGACAAGGUUGUACUUGCAUCAGAUAGCGAUCUUCAAGCAGCCAUAUACCAUGCAAAGCUAUCUGGUUGGAAGGGACUAAGAUUACAUUUAGAGUACUUAGGAGCACCUUCUCGUCUUCGAAGGGGAUCCAGCUCCGGAACUAUGGGACAUGCUCAAGCAGAUGCAUCAGCUUCAUCAUACGGUGCCGUUGCAGCUGGUGCUGCGCUAGUUGCUGGUUUAAGUGUCUAUGCAUUCUUGAAACGAACCGGGAACUGAUUGUUUGUAGCAUUUUCCCGCUACAUACACAUUUGGCUGGAGCUAACUUACUAAGAUUUCUUUGAAGCUUUUCAAGACCAACUGGAGAUCAGAUACGUGCAUCUAUACAUAUUCAAUACAGGAAAGUUGAUUUUUGUUACCUGCUACGUGCGAACUUUCUAGGUUUGAUUACGACCCAAAAAAUGGAUAUAGUUAGAUACAUUAUGUAUCUUAUAGUUUAUCGUAAUUGUAUAAAUCGAGAAUUGAAAUGUAA